UCCUAGGACACCGGAUCCUAGUAUAUAAAUCCUCUGCCACAGCACCUCUGGAGAGAGGCUUUAUAGAGAAAAUGGUGAACUAUUAUCUUACAAUUUUCAUCUGACGACUACAAUCGUUAGUGGGAGCGGAGUGACAAUUUACUAUACUAUACUGUUUACUAUACUAUAAAGAUCUGUUCACCCUGGGCAAGACAACGCUAACAUGUAUGGCCUACUCCUAGAAAAUAUAUUCGACUACUUGAAACAAACAUAUGGCAACAACGUUGCCGAUGAAAUACGAAAACGAGCAAAUAUUAGCCAGAGUAAUUUUGUCACCCACCAAGUCUACAGUGAGACCUUGAUUCCCCGAGUGCGAGACGCUACCUACGCCAUUACUGGAACCCCCAAAGAUGAGUUGAUGGAGCAGUUAGGAGUGGCAUUUGUACACUAUGUUCGGCAACAUGGCUACGAACGAGUUCUCAAGGUAUUCGGCCGUCAAAUGAGAGAUUUCAUCAAUGGUUUGGACAAUCUUCACGAAUAUUUACGCUUCAGUUAUCCUAAACUUAAACCCCCUUCCUUCGUCUGUCAAAACGAAACCAAAGAAGGACUAACUCUCUAUUAUCGAACUAAGAGGAAAGGGUUUUUAUAUUACGUUAAAGGUCAAAUCAGAGCCGUUGGAAAUCUCUUUUACAACACUGACGUUGACAUUGAGGUAAUAAGUCACACUGAAACAGAGGAUUUAACCCAAGUUGUAUUCCAACUCAAGUUUGACAAUAGCAGUUUCGAGGACUCCGGCACGCAGAUAACAGCAGAAAAGACCUACCUGCCGGUCAACUCGAAAAUCUUCUUCAAUGCAUUCCCGUUCCAUCUUGUAUUUAAUCGGGAUAUGCUGAUUAGGAGUGCAGGUAAAAUUCUAGAGCAAGUUUUAGAGAAGCUGGAAGGAAAGCAAAUUGACACAGAAUUCAGCAUGUUGCGCCCUCUGUUAGAAUUUACCUGGAAAAACGUUAUGUCUCACACCAAUAACGUGUUCACACUACAAUCCGUCAAUGAGACCAUGGCACUGAAGAAGGGCGGAACAGACUAUGAAGUCUGUCCCGUUUCCCAUCGUCCCACCUACCUGCGUCUGAAGGGACAGAUGAUGUACGUGGAGGAAUGGGACUCCAUCUUAUUUCUGGGAACACCAAUCAUGGAGAAUCUUGACGUCAUGUUCCGGGCCGGUCUCUAUAUCAACGAUCUUAGUAUGCACGACUCCAGCAGAGAUUUGGUGUUAGCUGGAACACAACAGUCUGCAGAACUCAAACUAGCCUUGGACCAAGAACAGUCAAAAAACAAAAACCUGGAGGAGACGAUGAAGAAGUUGGAUGCAGAAAUGAAGAGAACAGAUUCGUUGCUGUACCAAAUGAUCCCAAAGACUGUUGCUGAUCGUCUGCGUAAAGGAGAGCCUGCCGUUAACACCUGCCAGAGUUUUGAAAGUGUCACCGUGUUGUUCAGCGAUGUUGUAGGGUUCACUACUAUCUGCAGUCAAAUAUCUCCCAUGCAAGUGGUGGGCAUGCUGAACGUGAUCUACACAAUAUUUGACCAACUCAGUGAGAAGAACCAGGUCUAUAAGGUGGAGACGAUAGGGGACGCUUACAUGGUGGUGGCGGGAGCACCUAUCAAAACCAAAUACCACGCGCAUCACAUCUGUAACAUGGCGUUUGACAUGUUAGACGCCACGCUAAACCUGGAAAAUCCUUCAUCUGAAGGAAACAUGGCCAUACGUAUAGGCGUUCACUCGGGUGCAGUGGUAGCAGGUGUGGUAGGGAUGAAGAUGCCGAGGUACUGUUUGUUUGGGGACACGGUGAACACAGCCUCUAGGAUGGAGACCACGGGAGAGGCAAUGAAAGUACACGUCAGCGAAACAACAAAGCAGCUCAUUGACAGCGGAGAGGGCUACGUGCUGCAUGAGCGAAAAACGCUUCAAGUUAAGGGCAAAGGCCUUAUGAAGACUUACUGGUUAGCGGGAAUUCCGGGCCGGGAUCCCACCAAAUACGCCAAACUGGCGUACAAAGCUGCUCUGUGUCCGAAGACAGAAGAUAGUCUGGCAGAGGAACCGUUUGAAGAGAGAACAGAAGUGUUUUCUCUACUCGGAGAGGUCGACCAGACAGAUGUAGUUUCGUUAGUCUGUAGUUAUAGCGCCUCCCAUGCCAGUUUUACAGGCGAGGAUCUGCAUGCCAGCAGAAUGAAUGAUUUCGGUAAAAGACGCGGAAAAGAGAAAGAAGUUAAUGAUCUCAACAUUUCGAUGAAUGAUAUAAAUAGAGACAAGUUUAGAUCGAAAGUCAUUUUACAUGUCGAUCACAAUGAUACUGAAGAUGAAAACACACGAGAGAACGUGUUGCCUGUCGGCAGGAGCAAAUUGUGUUUUAUUUUAUGAAAACAAAUCGAUGCAUUUAGUAGACUAGAAGCAGGACCAUGCCCUACUUUAGUCGCUUUGCCUGUUGUUUAAUUUUGUUCUGUUAUAUAUGGUUUUGCCAACUGUACAUCCACGUGAGCUGUGCAAAAAAUCAACACGCACACUUGCUUUUUUUCUGAUGUGAUUUUAAACGUUAAAUUGUGUUAUUAAAUUAUAUUGAUAUACUGGUUCUACAUUCAGCUUGGUUUGUCUUUAGUGAAUUUUUAAUCUUUAUCCCAAGUACGUUACGGGCUUACAACACCCCAAUUCUCGCACAACAACACAAA